AAAUAGGAAAGCAGAGAGUGAAAGCGUGGGUUCCGUUUGAUUUGAUUAUUUGCGUUCCAUUCCCUUUGUCUUCGCGGGUCCUUUCGCCAACACGUUUUUUUCUCCCAACCCCAUUUCCUCUUUCGGACAUUCAAACAAACACCUUUCUCUCUAUCUCUCUCUCUGAAGAAGAAGAAGAAGAAGAAAGAAACUCCGUGCAGAAACGAUGACGAGACAUUUGAAUCUCUCUCUCCUUUUGUGACUCUCUUAGUGUUAUUCCGGUGUUUAUACUUUUUCUUCAACAUAGUCAAACAUGUCUAGUUUCGUCGGCGUCCUUGUUUCUGAUCAAGAGCUUCAGAGCCAGUUCACUCAAGUCGAACUUCGAACACUCAAAUCUAAGUAUGUGUCGGAAAGGAAUCAGUUGGGACGUGUUACUGUCGGAGAUUUGCCUGCUAUUUUUAAGAAAUUGAAGAUUUUUUCUGAACUGUUCACCGAGGAUGAGAUUAGGGGUGUUUUGGCACGGUCAUAUGAGAACAUGGAUGAAGACAUUGAUUUCGAGUCCUUCUUAAGGGCACAUUUAAAUCUGCAAGCCCAAGCAACAGCUAAAGAUGGUGGUUCAAAAAGCUCUUCUUCAUUUUUGAAGACAGCUACAACAACUUUUCAUCAUGCCAUUAAUGAAUCUGAGAAAGCUUCUUAUGUCGCACAUAUUAACAACUGCUUGGCUGAAGACAAAUUCCUGGGUCAGUUUCUUCCAAUUGAUCCAUCAACAGAUGCAUUGUUUGAUCUUGCAAAAGAUGGAGUCCUUCUCUGCAAGCUUAUUAAUGUUGCUGUUCCUGGGACCAUAGACGAGCGAGCUAUUAACACAAAAAAAGUUCUUAAUCCAUGGGAAAGGAAUGAGAACCAUACCCUGGGCCUGAAUUCGGCCAAGGCUAUUGGUUGCACAGUGGUUAAUAUUGGUACACAGGAUCUGAUUGAAGGAAGACCCCAUCUGAUACUUGGUCUGAUUUCCCAAGUAAUUAAGAUUCAAUUGUUAGCUGAUCUCAAUCUGAAGAAAACUCCUCAACUUGUGGAAUUAGUGGAAGAUGACAAGGAGGUGGAAGAGCUUAUCAGUUUAGCACCUGAAAAGGUUUUACUGAAAUGGAUGAAUUUCCACUUGAAGAAAGCUGGAUAUGAGAAACAAGUUACAAACUUCUCGUCUGACCUAAAGGAUGGAGAGGCUUAUGCUUACUUGCUUAAUGCUCUUGCCCCAGAAGUGGCUGGCCCAUCUGCCUUAGCAGCAAGUGAUCCAACGGAAAGGGCCAGCUUGGUUCUUGAGCAGGCAGAGAAAUUAGAUUGCAAGAGAUACCUCACUCCAAAGGACAUAGUGGAGGGAUCGCCUAAUCUUAAUCUUGCAUUUGUUGCUCAAAUUUUCCAGCAUAGGAAUGGUCUUACAACAGUUGACAGUCAGAAAAUGUCCUUUGCUGAGAUGAUGACUGAUGAUGUAGAGACAUCUCGGGAAGAACGAUGCUUCAGACUGUGGAUUAACAGUCUUGGAAUUGCUACUUAUGUCAAUAAUGUUUUUGAGGAUGUCAGAAAUGGAUGGGUUCUAUUAGAAGUUCUUGACAAGGUUUCACCAGGAUCUGUCAAUUGGAAACUUGCCACAAAGCCUCCUAUUAAGAUGCCGUUCCGAAAAGUUGAGAAUUGCAACCAAGUUAUACAGAUUGGGAAGGACCUAAACUUUUCAUUAGUGAAUGUUGCUGGCAAUGAUUUUGUACAAGGGAAUAAGAAGCUCUUAGUGGCUUUUUUGUGGCAGCUGAUGAGGUUUAAUAUGCUUCAACUUCUGAAAAAUUUGAGAUCUCAUUCCCAAGGUAAAGAGAUUACCGAUGCUGAUAUUCUAAACUGGGCAAACAAUAAAGUGAAAAAAUCAGGAAGGACUUCUGAAAUGGAAAGUUUCAAGGAUAAGAAUCUUUCCAGUGGCGUUUUCUUCCUUGAGCUUUUGAGUGCCGUGGAGCCAAGGGUUGUCAACUGGAGUCUUGUUACUAAAGGGGAGACUGAUGAAGAUAAGAAGUUGAAUGCAACGUAUAUAAUCAGUGUUGCCCGAAAACUUGGGUGUUCCAUUUUCCUGUUACCUGAAGACAUAAUGGAGGUCAACCAGAAGAUGAUACUCACUUUAACUGCUAGCAUAAUGCAUUGGAGCCUGAAGAAACCUGAAGACCACAGCCAACGUGAAGCAACGCCUGCAACUCCGAUGGAAAGUGAAAACGAAGCAGAUGUAGUUGACGAGGUAUCCAAUUUGUCCGUUAAUGAUGAUGAUGCUUCGGAGGAUCCCAGCACUGCUUAAGUAGAAAGGUUGAAGAAAACCAUAUCCAAUCGAGAAUGAACGGACACAAAACACAAUUUUGUUUAUACAACUAAAAGAAGAUGCCAACCUCUCGGUUCCCUGUUCGAAAGAAAGCUUAUUGUUUAUUAUGAAAAACCACAGAUAAUAAGGAUAUUGUAAAUUCUUAUUUUAGAUUUUUUGUACUUAGGCAUAUUCUUUGAUGAAAAUUGCAUGCGAAAUUUCCCAAUAAUAAUUAUGGGUGGAAGGCAUUCUUUUGUUUUCCGUCCAAUUAAGAUUAUUUUUAAUGCGGUGUAUGCAGAUACGAAUUGAAGUGGAUGAAAAGAACCAGUGAUUAUUUAUGCUAGUU